CUUUCAGCUGCAGUGACUUACUAUACUGCCUCUGACCACAGAUCUCGUCAAAGUCCGGAAACAUCCCCAAAUACUCUGAGUUUAUCUGCACUCACACAGUGCGGUGAGCUCACAGCAGAAGUGUUUUUGUCGCCUCUGAGUGAACUGCAGAGAUGCCUGCCAAGACUCCUAAAGACGCUUUGACUAACAUGUUGGAGGACUUAAGCGACCGUGAUUUAGAAAAGUUCCGUUACAAGCUCCUGGACCGCAGGGAAAAGCCACGGAUCAGAACCAGGGCCCUGGAAGGCAAAAAUGAUCUAGAGAUCGCAGCUGUCAUGGUUUCAACCUUCACAGAGAAAGGAGCUAUUAAAGUGGCUCUGGAGGUUUUGGAGAAUAUCGGUUGCAACGCAGCAAGAGAGAGCCUUGACAAGGAGACACUGAUAGAUUCCACAUAUGGAGACAUCAUGGAGGUGAAAACAUCUGGUGCUUCUGCACAAACAGCUCAGCAAGACAAGUUGAAAUACGAAGGUGUGGAGGCAUCGCAUGCCAUGGCAGAGACUGAUCUACGGGAAAUGGAAAAGUAUAAAACCAUCAUCAAAAAUGUUGCUCGUGAGAAAGAGAUUGCUGCAGCUCUCAUUGCCGCCAUCAUCUCCAGAUCAUGCAGGGGAGGAAGAGCACUGAAGGAAGGCAAGGGGCGCUAUGAUGAACAAUGCUUUGGACUGAUGCAGAUCCAUGAAGUUCACGAGCCAAAAGGUUCAUGGAACAGUGAGGAACACCUCAGCCAAGGCACCGACAUCCUGAUUUAUUUCAUAACCCGCAUAAAGAAUGCAUUUCCUGAAUGGACCAAGGAGCAGCAGCUGAAAGGAGGAAUAGCUGCCUACAGUGCAGGAGAGGAUAACAUCAAGUGCUAUGAAGCGGUGGAUGCCAGAACGCCAUGUGGAGACUACUCCAAUGAUGUUGUUGCUAGGGCUCAGUGGUACAAAAUCCAUGGAGGCUUUUAAAACCUGAAGCUGUCUACAACCUCCUGAAAAUCUCCAAACAUCAUCAAGAUGAAUUAGAAAAUUUGCCCAAUUUAGACAAGAAAGUUGGUCAGAGCCAAGUGCAUCAAAAACACCUUAAAAAAUAAAAAAAAACACCUUCGCUAAGUUCCUUGUUACUUCUACUAAGCGGUAGCAGCAUCAUUUUCUUGUCUUAGCUGGUUACUAUCGCAGGUUUUGCCUUAACAUUGCUUCCAUUGUUUCCCUUUGACAGACAUCCUUAGCCCCACUAAAAGUUUGGUUUAGGAUGGAAACUGUGAACAGGAUUCAUUCUUGGUGCAAGAGUGAUGAAAUAAAAUGCCAUUGUCAGUAGUUAAAUUCUUUGAGUUAAUGGACCAAUAUAAAGUCUUUAUUCUAGCAGCCAUACAAAUACAUAAAAGUUAGGAAGGCACAGGGGAAUAUGAAUAUUGUCAAAUUUAUAAUUGUGUUUUUAUUAAAUUGCAUGCCUUCUACUCCAUUA